AUGUUCAUCUUAGCGCUGUUCUGCCUGCUGGCAGUGGGUAGCCAGGCGAAGCCGCUGCAGCCGGUCGUGGAGCCAGCCCAGCAUAUUGUCAUUGUGACGCCACAGGCGCAGGUGCAUCUGGAGCCAGCGUUGCGCUACGUGCAUGGCCUGUCGCCGCUGGCGCGCGUCUCCGGUCCGCAUCAUGAGGAGACCAUUGUCUAUGUGCCAGCUGGAGCAACGGCCUCUGUGGUGCCCACCGUCAGCGAUGCCGUGUCCACCGGCCGUGCCAGCAGUCCAGCCAAGCAAUCCGAGGGUUUUCCCCAGAACAUUAACCAAAUCCAGCAACAGGCACAACAGGUCGUCGAGAUAGCAAGCGGUCAAUUCGGUGAGGCUGCCUCAGCAGCUGCUGCUGCCGGCGCUGGCUUCUUUCCCGGAUUCUUCCCAUCCUCAGAUGCGAGCAACAAGAACGAGGAGAAGCUGAAGAACGAGAAGAUGGAACUGAUUGAAACUCCUGCCAAUACCCAACCACUGCUGGCUGCCACCGAGGCGCGUCAUUUCUACAGUCUGCCCCAGGUGUAUCACACUCCCGUUGUCGAUGUGGUGCAUGCCCCUGUCUAUUCGUGGCCGAUUUCAGCCAUACGCGCACGCAGCAUUCAAACCGAGGAGGCCCCCAUCCAAGCCCUGCAACAGCUGCCCGAGGAGAAGCCAGCGGCAGAGCUGCCAGAGGCUCAGCCAUUGCUUAAGGAGCAGAAGCAGCCGGAGCAGUCGGAACAGCCAUUGGAGCAGCUGGCACAGACCAUCAUUCCUGCAGCCGUCGAGGCCAGUGAAUUGAAGGCUGAAAGUGCAGCACGUCAGCUGGAGGAGAGCAAUGCCAUCAAACCGGAGCAGCCAAGCGCUGAGAUUGCCAAGGAGACCCUUAAGGAGGCCAUCAAGGAGGCCAUUCAGGAAUCCAGAAAGGAGGCCAUCCAGGAAACCACCAAGGAGGCAAUAAAGGAAGCCGCUCAGGAGGCCAAGAAGGAAAUCAUUCUGGAGGCCAAAAAGGAAGCCAUCCAGGAAGCCGUCCAAGAGGUCAGAAAGGAAGCUGCCCAGGAGGCCAGAAAGGAAGCCACUCAGGAGGCCAGAAAGGAGGACAGUCAGGAGCCCUACCUAGAGGCCCGCAAGGAGGCCAGCAGCGAGCCCAUUCAGGAGCUCAUCAAGGAGCCCUUCAAGGAGACCCUUAAGAGUGCCAGCCUAGAUGGCAUCAAACAGCCUCUCAAGGAGGCCAGCAAUGAGGCCACCCAGCCAGAACCCAAACUGCAGGAGGAGCAGCCACUCAUCAAGGCCAUUCCCGCUGCCGAUGCCGCGGCCUUGCCUGAGCCGCAGCCGCAGUUGCAGUUACAGGCACAGCCCGAGGCUCAGCCAGCCAUUGCACAGGCGCCAGAGGCCUAAGUAGGCACGACCACAAACGCAAUUCAUACACACCAUACCAGAUCACAUCAGACACACACAUACACGCACACUCAUACACAUAUUCUAUGGGCAACUUUGGUAUUCUACAACUCGAUCUGUUCCGUGCCUAGGCUCUGGCCAGGCCGUGGGUUAAUACAUUUAGUUACUAACACAGUCACAGAGAAACGAUUUCCGACUUCCGACAUUAAUUA